UCAAAAUAAGACGAAGAUCAAAAAUAACAAAAUUGCGUUGGGAACUUCGUUUGUGAAAAAUCGAGUUUGAAAAUUCAUGAAGUGUACGUGAAUACGAACAACCAUUUCAUAAAACGACAAGAGGUGGUACCCAAUUUCUACUACGCUUUGUAGUACCUAAAGCAGUAGACUGUAUUCGAUGUUUGUAGCGUAUUAAAAUGUUUUAGGAAUAUUUCAAUAAAUUGUAAAGGCGUAUCCGCACUGUUCUAUUACUAUGAUGUGUUAUUAUGUCAUAGUUAGACGACUUGAAUGUAAAUCUACGUUGAGUUAUAUAGUUCAUGUUACAGCGGUUCUUCAUACCUCGAUUUCACAACCUCUUUCACUCUUUUCGAACGAGAUUUACCACGUGUGAGUGUCGUUCCUAUUUCUUUUAUUCGAUUGUGUCUCAUUUUGGUAUUAACGUUAUCAUCACAAUGCCACCUAAAUUCGACCCUAAUGAAAUCAAGAUAGUCUAUCUAAGAUGCGUUGGAGGUGAAGUAGGCGCAACUUCAUCUCUGGCUCCAAAAAUUGGUCCACUCGGUUUAUCUCCCAAGAAAGUUGGCGAUGAUAUCGCCAAAGCUACCAGUGACUGGAAGGGUUUAAAAAUCACCGUCCAGUUAACAAUUCAAAAUAGGCAAGCUACGAUCGCAGUGGUUCCAUCAGCCGCAGCCUUAAUUAUUAAGGCUUUAAAGGAGCCACCUAGGGACCGAAAGAAAAUAAAAAAUAUAAAGCACAAUGGAAAUCUGUCGUUUGACGACAUUGUUUCCAUUGCUCGGUCAAUGAGACCGAGGUCCAUGGCGAAGUACCUUAGUGGUACUGUAAAAGAAAUUCUAGGUACAUGCCAAUCAGUUGGAUGUACCGUUGAAUUUAGGCCACCACGAGAGCUUAUCGAAGAAAUUAAUGGUGGAAAGCUCCAAGUCCCAGAUGAAUAAUAUGAUUUAUCAUAAGGAGUAAAAAAUAAAACAUUUUUAAUAUGAAGGUGCUGUAUUUUUAUGUAUGUUCCCUUCUUUUAAUGAAAUAAAUAAAUUAAAAAUGUUUUAAUGUAUCAUA